AUGCCCAAGUACACGGCCACCAACAUCACCGACGAGGUGGACAUCCGCGUGACGGACCGCAACGCCAAGUUUGAGCCCACGACGCUCUGCAAGAUGUUCCAGGCGACGGCGGCCAAGUACGCGUCGCAGCCGGCCCUGCACUACAAGCAGAAUGGCGAGUGGGCGUCGUACACGUGGCAGGAGUACGAGGCCAAGGCCAUGGCCUUUGCCAAGGCGCUCGUCUCGUUGGGCUUUGACCGCUUCGACACGGUCUCGAUCUCGGGCUUCAACUCGACCGAGUGGUUCGCGGCGUACAUGGGCUGCAUCAUGGCCGGCGGCGCCGCCACGGGCGUCUAUACGACCAACGGCCCGCAGGCGUGCCAGUACGUCUGCAACAACUCGCUCGCGCGCGUCGUUGUCUGCGAUGGCGUCAAGCAGCUCGAAAAGUUCAUGUCGAUCGCGGACCAGCUGCCGUCGCUCAAGGCGCUUGUCGUGUACAAUGCGCAGCUCCCGGCCGACGUCGAGUGCUGCGUGCCCAUCUACGAUUUUGACGCGUUCCUCGGCCUUGGCUCGGACAUUUCGACGGCGACGAUCCAAGAACGUAUUGACAUCCAGCGCCCGGGCAACUGCGCGUCGCUCAUCUACACGUCGGGCACGACGGGCAACCCGAAGGGCGUCAUGCUCUCGCACGACAACUUGACGUACACGCUGCGCGCGGUCACGUCGGGCUUCCAGGGCGACCUCUUCAACAACACGGAGCGCAUCAUCUCGUUCCUUCCGCUCUCGCACAUUGCCGGCCAGAUCCUUGAUAUCGGCAUCCAGAUCUACUACGGCCUGCACAUUUACUUUGCCGAGCCCGAUGCGCUCAAGGGCUCGCUCGGCAAGACGAUGAAGGAGGUGCACCCGACCUUCUUCCUCGCUGUGCCCCGCGUCUUUGAGAAAAUCUCGGAGAAGAUGGUCGAAGUCGGCCGCGGCUCCAAGGGCCUCAAGAAGGCGAUCGCGACGUGGGCGCGCCGCGUCGGUGGCCAAAAGGUUGUCAUGAGCCAGUACCACGAGUCGGGUGGCAAGCCGUGCGGCUACGACUUUGCCAAGGCGCUCGUCUUCAACAAGGUGCGCGACGCGCUUGGUCUCGACAAGUGCAAGGCCUUCUACUCGGGCGCGGCGCCGCUGAGCCCGGAAGUCACGGCGUUCUUUGCCUCGCUUGACAUUCCGAUCUACGAGGCCAUGGGUCUCAGCGAGACGACGGGAAUUUCGUUCUUCAACUACCCGCACAAGUGGAAGCAGAGCUGCCUCGGCCACUUCCUUACCGGCACGGACGUCAAGAUCGACCCGACCAACUCGGAGCUGCUCAUUCGCGGCCGCCACGUCAUGAUGGGCUACAUCAACAACGAGGAAGGCACGGCCGCGGCCCUCGAUGAAGAUGGCUUCCUCCACACGGGCGACUGCGCGUCGCUCGACUCGGAUGGGUUUGCGUUCAUGACGGGUCGGCUCAAGGAGCUCAUCAUCACGGCUGGUGGCGAGAACGUCCCGCCGGUCCUCAUUGAGAACGUCAUCAAGGAAGAGCUCCCGCUCCUCGGCAACGUCAUGAUCAUCGGCGACAAGCGCAAGUUCCUCUCGGCCAUCUUUACGUUCCGCGUCACGGUCGACGAGCACGGCGAGCCGACCGACAAGCUCGAUGCGGAAGCCAAGUACAUUUUGGCGCAGCUCGACUCGAGCGCUUCGACUGUUGCGGAAGCGAUGGCCGACCCCAAGAUCAAGACGUACCUCGACGCCGGCCUCAAGCGCGCCAACGCCCGCGCCACGUCGCACGCGCAGAACAUCCAAAAGUACAUUUUUGUCGCGCGCGACUUUAGCGUGCCGGGCGGUGAGAUGACGCCGACGCUCAAGAUCAAGCGCAACGUGGUCGCGGACAAGUACGCGGCCGAGAUCGACGCCAUGUACGGCCACUAAGCCGCUGAUGUCUGCUCCUUUGUGUAAUAAUCCUUUGUCGUAAUC